AUGGGCGGUGUCACCCACAGGGACCCGGCUAUGAGCGGGGGCGCUCCCAAGUGCUCUCUUAAGGACGGGAGCAUCCCCAGGCGCCCUGCCAGGGUCUCUGGUGCCCCCAGGGACUCUCCCAGGGACGGCGGCGCGUCCACGGAUUCUCCCAGGGGCCCUGCCAGCGGGGGGGCCUGCACGGCGCGGUGGCGUCACCAGGGCUCUACCAUGAACAGUGAUGCUCGCAGGAGCCCUCCCAGUGACGGUGGCGCCACAACAGCCCUACCAAGAGCCGAGGCGCCCCCAGGGCUCUCCCAGGGACAGCGAUGCCCGCGGGCCCCUCUCAAAAACAGCGACGACCCUAGUGGCCUUGCUAUGGGCGGUGGCGCUCUGCUGAAGCGGGGCGUCCAGCGCUCCCCAGGGGCCCUCCCAGGCGGCGGCGCCACCAGGGCCCUCCAGGGACGGCAACGGCUACACGGGCCCUCCCAGGGACAGCGGCCCCCAGGCCGUGCUAGAGCACUAGUGCCCCCAGGGGACCAAGGAGGGCAGAGCUUCCAGUGGCCCUGCAAGGUAGUGACGCCUCAGCCUGCACGGGCACUGGCGUCACCAGGACUCUACCAUGAACAGCGAUGCAGGAGCCCUCCCAGUGACGAUGGUGCCCAGCAGCCCUGCCAUGGGCCGUGGCGUCCCCAGGGGCUCUCAGGGACAGCGGAGGCCCGCGGGGCCCCAAAAAUGACGACGACCCUAGUGGCCCUGCCAUGGAAAGUGACGCCCCCACAGCAGCGCCUCCAGGGUCUCUCCCAGGUCCUGCCAGGCGGUGACGCCUCAAGGGCCAUGUCACGGGCGAUGGCGCCCCUACGGACCCUGUCAAGGGUGGUCAUGCCCUCAGGGCCCCUGCCAGAGACGCUGGCACCCCAGGCCCAGGACGGCCGCACCCCAAGUGCCUCCCAGGUACAACGGUGA